AUGGCAGAGCAGUCGGCCCCAGUACCCUCUGCAAAAAUGGCGGCACUUAACCGGGUUCGAGCCUUUACUCUGGUUUUCUUAACUGUCAGCGGUUGUUUCGUUUGCUCGACGAAUGGCAAGGAAGUGACAGAAGAGACGGUAAUCAUAGGUCUCAGACUGGAGGACACGGACGAUAUUUCCUAUAUGGACAAGGGCUAUUUGCGGGUCAGCGAAAGGUCUCAUGUCAAGCUGAGGGUCUAUGGGCAAAACAUUAAUAACGAGACGUGGUCCAAAAUUGCUUUUACGGAGCACGAGCGGACCAGAGUCCCCGGAGACGGUGACAGCUCAGCUGGGAACAAGAGCCGGGACGAUACGUCUAGUUUCCAUCCAUGUGGGAUCAGAACUUCGGAUAUCAUCAUCCUGCCCAACAUAAUCUUAAACAGAAAAACGUCGGGAGUAGUUGAGAUUGAAGUCAAACCUCUUAGGAAGACGGAGCGGAGUAAAACGUAUUACCUGUGCAUCGCCACCUCCGCUCACGCAGUGGCGGGCUUGCACGACCCAUGGACCGAGAACACUUGGAUUUAUCACGAUGGAGAUGACACGAAAGUAAUGGUGGUGGAGGAAAAAAAGUUUUUGCUUCCCUUCUGGCUGCAGGUCAUUUUCAUCUCGAUGCUGCUCUGCCUUUCGGGCAUGUUCAGCGGGCUAAACUUGGGUCUGAUGGCGCUGGACCCCAUGGAGUUACAGAUAGUUCAGAACUGCGGCACCGAAAAGGAGAAGAACUACGCGAGGAAGAUUGAGCCCGUUCGCAGUCAGGGGAAUUACCUACUGUGCUCCCUUCUGUUGGGGAACGUCUUGGUGAAUACUACACUGACCAUUCUCUUGGAUGACAUUGCGGGAUCUGGAUUGAUUGCGGUUGUGAUGUCGACCAUCGGGAUUGUAAUUUUCGGUGAAAUUGUGCCGCAAGCCAUAUGCUCAAGGCACGGCCUUGCAGUUGGUGCAAACACUAUAUUCUUGACCAAAUUUUUCAUGCUGCUUACGUUCCCCGCUUCGUACCCAGUGAGCAAACUUUUAGAUUACCUUUUGGGUCAAGAGAUAGGAACCGUGUACAACCGAGAAAAACUGCUGGAGAUGCUGCGAGUGACGGAUCCGUACAACGAUUUGGUCAAAGAGGAGCUGAACAUCAUUCAGGGAGCACUUGAGCUCAGGACUAAAACCGUGGAAGACGUCAUGACCCCGCUGCGAGACUGUUUCAUGAUUGCCGGGGAUGCCAUCCUCGACUUCAAUACGAUGUCUGAGAUUAUGGAGAGCGGAUACACGCGAAUCCCCGUCUUCGAAGGGGAGAGAUCUAACAUCGUGGACCUGCUGUUUGUGAAAGACCUGGCGUUCGUGGAUCCGGACGACAGCACCCCACUGAAAACCAUCACCAAGUUCUACAGUCACCCCUUGCACUUUGUGUUCAACGACACCAAGUUGGACGCAAUGCUGGAGGAAUUUAAGAAAGGUAAAUCCCACCUGGCCAUCGUCCAGAGAGUGAACAACGAGGGGGAGGGCGACCCGUUCUACGAGGUGCUGGGCAUCGUCACCCUGGAGGACGUCAUCGAGGAGAUCAUCAAGUCCGAGAUCCUGGACGAGACAGACUUGUACACCGACAACAAGAGUAAAAAGAAAAUCACCCACCGGGAGAGGAAGCAGGAUUUCUCGGCCUUCAAGCCCACAGACAAUGAGAUGAAGGUUAAAAUAUCACCUCAGCUCCUACUGGCCACACUGCGUUUCCUGGCAACAGAAAUAGAGCCCUUCAGCCCUGGUCAGAUGUCCGAGAAGAUCCUCCUUCGGCUGCUCAAGCACCCCAACGUCAUCCAGGAGCUGAAGUACGACGACAAGAACAGGAGGAGCCCGGAGCACUACCUCUUCCACCGCAACAAGCCCGUCGACCACUUCAUCCUCAUCCUCCAGGGGAAGGUGGAGGUGGAGGCGGGCAAGGAAGGGAUGAAGUUUGAGGCGGGAGCGUUUUCCUCUUACGGAGUGAUGGCCCUGACCGCCUCGCCAGUUCCUCUCUCCCUGUCUCGCACCUUCGUGGUCAGUAGAGCUGAGUCACUAGCAGGAUCUCCAGAGAAUAAGUCUCCCCCAAGGCCAUUCGGACUGAACCACUCGGACUCCCUGAACCGGAGCGACCGCAUCGACGCGGUCACGCCCACGCUGGGGAGCAGCAACAACCAGCUGAACGCCUUCCUGCAGGUCUACGUGCCCGACUACUCCGUCAGAGCCGUCUCCGACCUGCAGUACAUCAAGGUGACCCGGCAGCAGUACCAGAACGCCAUCAUGGCCUCUCGCAUGGACAAGACGCCCCAGUCCACGGACGGAGAGUACACCAAAAUCGAACUGACUCUGACGGAGCUUCACGACGGACUGCCGGACGAGACGUCGAACCUGCUGAACCAGCAGCCGCCGCCGCCACCGGCGCAGCAGAACUGCCUGGCGCACGGCAAGUCCAAUCACACUAUGCACAACGAGGGUGCCGUCUAGCCCCGCCCACCCCGGGAGAGAGGGGGGGGUGGGGGGGGCGCGCGCGCGCGUCGUCCGCAAGUGCACCGCACCGCCCCCCAGCACGCCAGACCCAACCCGCCCGCGG